GCAGCUUUGUGUCCCGUGGAAACAUGUCGGGGAGGAGAGAGCCCGGUGGAGGAACUGCUUCGUCUAUGAAAUGCUCACCUGAGACAUAAACCGAAAGCGACAGAGUCAGAAAGGAAACGGCGGCGUGUUUGUUCGAGUUUGGAGCAACUGCAGCCUUCCGCUGUCACAGAAGCGAGCCGGUCGGGAUCGGAUGGACGACUAAAGACAGACAGCCGGGGCUUGAUCUGAAGACUUAGCCUCGCAGGCAGGUGGUCGAGCCGGUUAGAGAGAAAGAGCGAGAGAGGGGGGACAGCGUGUACGGUCUCGGAUCAGAACGGGGUUUCUCCUUGCUAGGGGAUGUUAUCCGUACUGUCUUAUGGCAGACUGGUAGCCAGGGCUGUCCUGGGCGGACUCUCUCAGACGGACGGUCGGGACUACAGCCUGAUCACGGCCAGUUAUGGUUUCGGUAAAGACUUUCGCAAGGGGAUCCUGAAGAAGGGGAUGUGCUACGGUGAUGAUGCUUGCUUCAUUGCACGGCACAAGACGGCUGAUGUCUUGGGCGUAGCAGAUGGCGUAGGUGGUUGGCGGGACUAUGGUGUCGACCCAUCUCAGUUCUCUGCAACCUUAAUGAAGACCUGUGAGCGACUGGUGAAGGAGGGUCGCUUCACACCCGGUAAUCCAGUGGGCAUCCUGACCUCUGGCUACUAUGAGCUCUUGCAGAACAAAGUUCCCUUGCUAGGAAGCAGCACGGCCUGCAUCGUAGUUUUGGAUCGGCGGAGUCACAGGCUACAUACGUGUAACCUUGGCGACUCUGGCUUCUUAGUGGUACGUGGUGGAGAGGUGGUUCAUCGCUCGGACGAGCAACAGCACUAUUUUAAUACACCCUUCCAGCUGUCCAUCGCUCCUCCGGGAGCCGAGGGAGUCGUGCUCAGUGACAGUCCCGAAGCGGCUGACAGCUCCUCUUUCGACGUGCAGCUUGGUGACAUCAUCUUAACCGCAACAGAUGGCCUCUUUGACAACAUGCCAGACUACAUGAUUCUUCAGGAGCUCAAAAAACUCAAGACGACCAACUAUGACAGCAUCCUGCAGACUGCACAGAGCAUUGCAAAGCAAGCUCAUGAUCUUGCCUACGAUCCUAAUUAUAUGUCCCCUUUUGCACAGUUUGCCUGUGACAAUGGCCUGAAUGUAAGAGGAGGGAAGCCAGAUGACAUCACGGUGCUGCUCUCUAUCGUGGCCGAAUACACAGACUAAAAUGUGUGUGUGUGCGUGUGUGUUUGAGUGCGCUUCUCUGGGGCUGUUCCUUCCUCGCCGCCUGCCUGAGUCUUCCACCUGCGGCCCUCCCGAAAUGCACUGCGUCCUGUGGGGCUGACAGGGGAGGCCCGCCAACACCACGGCACACACUCCUUACAGCACGGCCCGUGUUAACAUUUAGUUUUCUUCCGCUGGUUUUGUUUUGGUGCUUGAGCGGCUGAGGGAAGGCAGGCAGCUGGAACGUUUUUUGGGGGGGUUUUUUGUUUGUUUUUUUCAUGUUGAUCGUGAUGCAGGAGGAGCAGAGAGAGAAGAGACGGGCUGGCAGAUGCCUUUCAUUCUUCCACUUCUCAUCCUGUAGCAUCAACAUCUUUUUCAAUGAUGUAACGGCCCAGGACAGAUGGACGGCCUGUAGGCCUUAAAAUCUGAAAUAAAAAUGUGAUAAGGAGUAAGCCAUGGGUUUGGAUUCUUUAGAGCGUAGUGACAGAGUUAGCAGGUGAAACCUGGCUAUCGGUCUCUGUUGUUAAUCUGUUCCAUGCGGUAAAUGUGUUUGAACAAAGCAUGUAGACUAGACUGAGGAAGCUGCUGCUGGGAUGUUGUUUGAGUAUGAAAUGUACGAGUUGGGAUUAAGUGUCUUUGCUCAGAUCAAAACUCUGUAAUGAGAAACUGUAACACUUAUUAAAGCUUUCACAUGAAGGUUAAUCAGGUUUUGUCGCUUGGCCGAGGGAACCGCACCUCCUGAUGAGUUGUAAAUAUUUUUGUUUUUUAGAAACUUGUUCUGGCCUUUCUGUUGUCUUUCAAUUGGUUGUUAAAGCGAAGAGCUGUUUCGUUACUUUAUGGAAGAUCUACACAUGCUCUCAUAUACUUUCUUGUACAGAUACUAAUCUCGAGGUGAUUUUCAUCAAUACCACGCUUCCGCUUGAAAGUGAACAAGCUGCUUCCUGAGAUUAAUCUCUGAAGCAGUCGUGUUGCAGAAAGGCCGUUAAAACAUGCGACUGGUUUGUGUGGCAUAUUUGAGAAGUUGUACGUAAUGUUUAUAUUUGUUAUAAAGCUCAAGCUAGCAUCUGGGAAUGCUUACAAUUGCAGUGAUAGGUCAGGAACAAAUUUAAAGGAGAAAGAUGUAUUUUUUAAACCUUAUUUUGUUUUAAAAGCUACAGACUGAAGCAUAUGCAGAUGUGACAUGCGUCCCGUGGAUGACUAAAAGAACCAUGUCUCUUAAAAAAAAAAAAGAAGAAAAAAUGUGCAUUGUGUGAGUCUGCUUCAAAUGUUUUGCUUCUCUGUCCCUCAUUUUCCUGUUUCAUUUGUUUGCUGCUGUUUUUGUUAUUCACGUAUGACUUGAUUUACAUAAACGCUGUGACCGUGAUUGCGACGAGUGCAUAAACGUGCGCGCUGGAUUUCACCAAACUACACGAAUCAAAGACACUGACGAUACCGUUCUGCUUAUGAGGGUCUAACACUUCACCUAAGUGUUGUGGAUAAACUCUUUACAAUUUAAAAGCAUGUGCACCAAAGACACAUUUUCUUUCUGUAUCUCAUUAUGCUCUUCUUUUGACACAAAAAUCAUACAGCAAUACUCUAAAUACUCUAAUUUUCUUGUUCUAUGUGUGUGUGAUGGCCAGAGGUCUGUGUGGAAAUGUUCAGAAUUACAUUAAUGUAUUUUCUAUGCCUAAAGUUGUAUCAUAUUCUUGGUUUUAAGUUAUAUGUGACUGGUUAUCUGUAAGUAACUAUAAAGACAGGUUUUUAAAAGAAAAACCAAAGAAGGGAAGCCAUAGUACACGAUUAGAGCACUGCUCUGGAAGCACCACUGUAAUGGUAACAGUCACUGUGGUGCUCGUCUAACAAUCACGGUAGAAGUUGUACUGUUGCUGCCAUACUUGAAUCCACUGAUCCACCAUGCAUUUUAUUAGUAGAGAGCAGUUCAUAUGUGCAAUUUGGCAGCAGUUUGUGCUACGAUUACAUUUCACAUCAAAUUGGGCAGGUUUUUCUUCCUCAUAAACAUAAUGGGGGUAAUGAUUUGCAUAUCUGUCCUGCUGUCUUCAUUGUUUUUGUUUUUGUCUGGUUUCUAUUUUAGUUACUGGUACCUUUUUUCCCAAAAAAAACUUAAUUUCUCACUGCUUUAGGCUCUUCUUGUCUUUGAGGGGUUUGUGUAAAAUAAGGAAAUGUCUGUUUCUCAAAUAUACGUAGACCUAUAUUUGACAGAGAGACGUAACCCUUCUGCAGGAGGGGGUGUGAACUUGCAGUAUGAGGGUGAGCACAGUUUCAGCCUUAACCAAUAGCUAGACCUGUAAUCAAGAGGCCUUUCCUGUCAUUGCAAGCUUGUGUCGUCCCUGCCGUGUUGCCCGGUGUUUGAUGUAAAUGAAAUGUGGACAUGUCUUUUUCUCUUGUAAAGCCGUUCUCAAAGGUGCUUCUGCAGUCUGUAUGGUAUGAUUGUCCUGUUCCCAGCAAGCGUAUGAAAGAUAAACUUAUGUCUACAGUGAAACAAUGCAGGUCUAAUUUAUGUAAAUAUGUUUUCAAAUAUGUACAAUAUUUAAAUAAAGAACCUAGUAUUUAUAC